CCUGUUCUUAGGUAACUCAGCGUUGUGAAUGAUGGCGGCCUCCGUGAAGAUGCCACAUGUUGUGGUAACAGAUAAAGACUCAGAUGACGAAGACAUUAAUGAAAAUCCGGAGGAAAGUGAAGAGGAGUCAGCAGACAGAAGUGACGACGACGGAUCAGAAGAGGACGAAACACAAAGUAAAGGAUCAAGUGAUGGAGGUGAUGAAGAUGGAUCAGAUGAAGAGGGAUCGGCUGAUGAACAGGUUGAUGGAGAAGAAGCAGAGGAUGAAACCGAAGGGAAUGAUGACGCAGAGGAAAAUGCCAAUGCUGGCUGGGCAGCAGCCAUGGCUAAAAUCCUGGCAAAGAAAACGCCAGAGGACAAGCCCUGCAUUUUGCUAAAGAACAAACAAAGAGACAAGCUCACCGAGAAGGAGCAGAAAGAGAAGCAGCAGAGAAAGAAAAAGGCAGAUAAAAAGAGAAAGUGGGAGAUGAUGAGUCGGGUGAAGCCAGACGUAGUGCAGGACAAAGAGAGAGAAAGGAAUCUGCAAAGAAUUGCUACCAGAGGUGUAGUGCAGUUGUUCAAUGCAGUGCGGCAACACCAGAAGAACGUGGACGACAAGAUGAAGGAAGUGGGUGGAUCUGAGAGGAAGAAAGCAAAAGUACUUUCCACAAUAUCAAAGAAAGACUUUAUUGAUGUACUAAAAGGAUCAGCUGGCUGCAACACAUCUGUCAGGAUUGAAAAAUCUAUGUCUAAAGAGCCGAAAGAGGAGAAGCCAGCGUGGAGUGUCCUGAGAGAUGAUUUUAUGAUGGGAGCAGCCAUGAAGGACUGGGAUAAAGAGAGCGAUAAGGACGAGGCAGGAGACGAUGAACCAGAAGCUGCAGGAGAUUUUAACAGUGACUCAGACUGAGCUUAGCAUGGUUUCUUUCUGUGCUCUAGUGGACACUCUUUAAGAUGAGGAUUCAGUGUGGACCAGAAUCUAUCAGCUUUAAUUUAAAACGAGCGAUACUACCCAGAGUUCUGGGUUUGGUCCGUUGGCUAAGACUGGAUUGCGUGGACGUAAAGGGGCUGCCCAGGGAAUUUUAUAAAAUUGGAGUACAAUUGUUUGUGUUCAAGCACUGUACAUAUAAUCCAUUUCUCAUUACUAACCUCAUAAAUGCCUUUACAAUAAAUCCCUUUAUAUGUA